AUGACGCUUGGGGAAGAUAAAUCUAUUAUCAUCCCGGAGGAUGAUGACUAUUGCGCCAUGGAAAGAGGAAGUAUGAGUAUCUUGGGGAGGUUACUGAACCCAGAUUGUCAGAAUAUGGGGAGGAUGCUCCGGACAAUGCCAAAGGUCUGGAAGAUUUAUGAUCGAGUUGGAAGUAUCGCUUUGACAAGGGAGAGGUUUCAGUUUAUCUUUGACCUUGAAACCGACAUUCAGAUGGUGCUGAAACAAGGUUUUUGGACCUUUGAUGAUUGGGGUAUGGCGUUGGAGCGUUGGGUGGAGACGCCUCCUCCGGCCUACCUGCAGACUGCAAUGAUAUGGGUGAGACUACAUAAUCUGCCAGUCAACUACUUACAGUUGAAGACUAUUGAUGCAGUGGUAGAUGUUAUUGGGCAUGUGAAAGUUAUAGAGUUUGAUCCUACAAAGCCUCACCUGCUGGAGUAUGUAAGAGUUCAAGUUGUACUGGAUCUUAAUCAGCCAUUACAAGAUAAGAAGUCUGUGACUUUACCGGCAGGAAGGGUGGAAUAUGUGGAUGUAGAGUAUGAAAGAGUGAGGAAGAAAUGCUUCCAUUGUCUUCGUCUUUCUCACGAAAAACCGAAGUGCCCUUUACUACAAGGAUUACAGAACAAAGGGAAAGGGGUUGUAGUUCGACAGCUUGUGGUUGGAGCUUCGUCUACGGGAGGAAGGCAGCACCACAACGACCUGGUUAACAAACUAAUGCCGCUUAUGGCUCCGUCGGAUCCGCCAGGUUUUGCACCUCCUCAGACUGUAGUAGCGCCGGAGGUCUUUGAGCAGAUGAGAAUUUACAUGAACUGCGCUGACCUAGAGGAACGAAACAUCAGAGAAGCGAGAAUGAGGAAAACACUACAGGAGUUGUCGAAUGAUCCGAUUGGCAACGUUCUUGCUUACGCCUUGAGAAAGCACCAGUGCUGUCCUCUGAGAUCAAUCGAGAUAGGGGGAGAGUUUUUUAUUUUAGUAGAGUGGAGAAUGUUGUGGUUCCUCCAUAAGCAGCAUCUUCUUCUCAGGAACACACUGGACAUGCCACCAGGUCGAGAGGAGAAGGAGACAGAACAGGAGAUAUGA